UUGUUUAUUACCAACACACCGGCAAAACCCCUCUCCUUUUGCUCUCGUAAAAACACAACGAAAGUAUUUUUCUCAACUUCCAUGAGUUGAGAGUUCCAAGAGUUUCUUCAGGCAGUUUCAAGUCGUCCGUUGAAGUGCAAAGCAAUCGUUUCUUUUGUGUCGUAAAGCUAAUAUAUUUGUAAAUUAUAAAUUUCUCUUGACAUUCAAAUAUUAAUUAAACAAUCAAUUUAUUAUCAAACAACAACAGAUUCAUCAUUUUGAAAAAAAUACAUUGAAGAAAAUCUUUUCUUUAUUGCAUUGGUCAACGUACAAUCUACAGGAGACAUUGGAUAUUAUCUCAAUUUCUUUGACCGAUUUGAUUGGGUUCUCCCUGGAGCCGGGGGUGGGUGAGGAGAUUAGGAGGAAGUAAAAAUGACAAUGACGAAAGAUUCAGCUGCUUUUAAAGAAGUGAGUGUACUUCUGAGAUCAUUGAUAACACCAUACAAUAAUGAUGGUGGUAUUAGACUCUCAAAAUUAUAUGAAGAAUAUAAAGAAGAAGAACAAGAAGAGCUGCCAUUUCGUGCAUUGGGUUAUAGUUCAAUAACAGCAUUGUUGGAUGCUGUUGAAAAUGUACAUUUAGUGCGUAAAUAUGAUGAUUGGUAUGCAACAACAACACCAAAUUCUAAAACAGCUCAUAUUCAUGAGCUUAUUGCAAAUCAAAGAUCAAGCAGCAGAAAAAAAAGAUCACAUUCAUAUGGUACAAAUCGUUUUCAUAAUGCUGGAAGAGUGCCAUCAUAUAGACCACCAAGUGAUACACAAUCAAGAUUUUCAUCAGCACCAUCAUCGUCUUAUGGAUAUAACAGAUCAAGAUCUCAACCAAGUAAUGAUUAUUCAAGUCGUUCAAGAAGCUCAACAACAACAUCAUCAUCAUCUUCAUCUUCAUUGUACAAUCGUUCAUCAUCAAGUCGUCCAGCUCAAUCAAGUUAUGAUAGACCACGUGGUAAUUAUAAUGGAUCAAUAACGACAACACCACCAAGCUAUGGUCGUUCAUACUCAUAUUCAUCAGUACAACAAAAAACACCAUCACCACCAACAGUUACAAAAACUCCUUUAUCACAAAGGAAAGUUCAUGUUUAUUUACCUGAAAGUGCCAAAAAAAGUGAACCAACAACACCACCAUCAAAUACUUCAUCAACAAAAAGUGAUACAGAAUUUCGAAAACCUGAUGUACCAUCAUUAUCAUCAUCAAGAUCACGUCAUUCAUCUAGUAAUGAAAAUUCAUCACGUACUAGAGUAUCAUCAUCAUCACCAUCUAAUAGAAACAAGAUUCCAAUAAUUCUUAAAGAAAGAGAACAAAUAUUACCACCAUUACCACCAUCACCACCACCAAAAUCAAAAUCACCACUUCCACCAUUACCAGAAUCACCAUCACCACCAUCACCACCAUCACUUUUAACAUUGAAAAUUAAACCACCAUCAUCAUCUUCAUCUGUGCUUUCAUCUUCUGGUAAAUCAUCUAAAAAAACUUUAACUCCAUUACAAGAAAGACUAAAAAAUCUUGAAAUUUAUUCUACUAAAACAUCAACUGAACCAACAACACCAAAAACAACAACAGCAGCAACACCAACAGCAACACCAACACCAACAGCAACAACAACAACAACAAUUGUUGGUAAUGAUCCAAGAAAAGAAGUUGAAAGUUUAGCUGCAAAAUUAAAACUUCCAAGGCCACUUUAUCAAUGUGCUGCUGCAAAAGGACCACAUGAAAAUUACAGUGUAUUAUCACUUGGACCUGGUUAUAAAUUUUACAGUUAUCCACAAGGUGCUAAUAGUGAAGCAGAAGCACAAGCAAUUGCAGCUAAAAAAGCUAUAAUGAAAUUAUGUGAAGAUAUGUCUACAAAUAAUAAGAUCUUGCCAAUAACAAAAGAUGAUAAAAUAAUUGCUCAAAGAAUUGUUGAAAUUGUUAAUGCUCAUCGUAGUGGUGUUAUUGAAGAUUCAAUUCCCAAUUACUACAAGAAAAAUUACAACGAGUUAUUACCAAAUAACUGGACAGAAAUUCUUGUAUCAUUGGAUAAUAUGAUAGAAAUUGAUAAUUGUGUUGCUGGUCGUUUGAUAACGAAGAAGACUGAAAUUAGUAGAACAUCACCACAUCCACUGGUAUUACCCACAGAAGAUCCACCAUGGGCAGUUGAAAUAACACGAGUUGAAAGUACCAGGGAAGUUUGGGGGCGAUUGAGCAUGUCACCCUAUACUGAGCUGUUGGUUGCAUUAGAAAAAGAUAUGAGAGAUCAUUAUUCAUGUGUUGUGGAACCAGCUACAAAAGUAUAUUCAUUUCAUUAUUAUGCUGUUGAAUCAUGUGGUGCAUGGCAUCGUGUACAAAUUGAAAAUAUUGCUAUUAUUGAUGGCAAAGAAAAAGCAUAUGUUUUUUUUAUUGAUAUUGGAGAUAGAGAGUGGAUGGAUUGCAAAUUAUUGUAUCCAAUGUUACAGCAAUUUUAUAAAAUUGCUGCACAAGCUGUUAAAAUGAGUGUCUCAAGGCUUGAAGAUUUUGCUAGUUGUGAAAAAGUAACUGAUAUUGCUGAAGAGAUAUUAGACAGUAAAUUAUUAUAUAUUGAGGUACUUGACCAAGAAAUUGAUUCAUCUGGUGUCCAUAAUAUAACAAGUGUAUUUUGGGAUACAAGUACUGAAGAAGACAUUAAUUUAAAUGAAGAAAUCAUUCAAAAUAUUGAAGUAUUUUGUUCUCAAUCACCUUAUGUUGACAAAGCAAAUUUAAAAGUAUUAUUAACAAGUGUUGAUGAUGAUGGUAAUAUUUUUCUUAAAUCAAUGAAUGAUGCACUUGAUAUAUAUCAAAUUAUACUUGAUAAAGUAACCAAAGUUGAAUUAACAGAUGAUCUUAAAGAAAAAGUCAAGUUGGAAAAUUUAAAUAUUGAUAGAACAAAAAUUUUUGAAGAAAUAUUUUUAGUUGAUUAUAAUAAUGAUAAUAAAUGGGUUAGAGUCAAAAUAAUCAAAAUCUUGGACCUUGAUUUAUUCAAAGUUUUUGCCAUUGAUAAAGGUUAUAUAUUUGAUGUAGAAAAAUCCAAAUUAUUACGACUAGAAAUAUUAUCAAAAUUUCUCAAUAGUUUUCCACAGCAAGUCACACAAGUUACAUUGGAUGGAAUUAAUAAAUUAAAUCUAAAAAUGAUUAAAAGAUUAAAAGAAUUAACACCAAAAGAUGAAACGUUAUCAUGUCUUGUUAUUAAAUCUGGCAAAGUACCUUGUGUUGAACUUGUUAAAAGAACAACUGAUAAUUUAUUAGUAUCAAUCAAUUUGAAUUUAAAAGAAUAUCAAACAAAUAAUAAUACUAAAAUUGAUGACAAUAAAAUUAAAUCAAAAUAUAGACGUAGUAGUUUACCAAAUAAAAUUAAAUUAAGAGCACCAAUUGUUGCAACACGUGGUAAAGUAUUUAGUGCAUAUGUUACAAACAAUUGUGCAAAUCCAGAUAAUUUUAUUGUUCAGCCUCGUCAAAACAUCAACACUCUCAAGGAAAUGAUGAAAAAAUUAUCAGUAACUUGUGAUAAUUAUGAUGGUCCACAGUUGGAAAGAGUUCAAGCUGGUCAACUUUGUGCUGCUCAACACAGUGAUGGUCUUUGGUAUCGUGCUUAUAUCAAUCACAUUCUCAAUGAUCAAACAAUUGCUGUAUAUUUUUGUGAUUAUGGAAGCAUGAGUAUAACGUCAAUUGAUAAAUUACAACCAUUGGGUUCACUAUUUUUUGAUCUACCAUAUCAAGCAAUACGUGCUAAACUCAUUGGUAUAAAACCAAGAAAUGGUGAUUGGGAUAUGAAAACGUGCUUUGUAUUUCGCGAUCUUGUUGUUGAUAAAAACUUUGAAGCUACAAUUGAAGAUAUUGAAACUGAUAUUAUUAGAAAUUAUGAUAUUUUAGGAUUAAAAUUAACUGAUAAAACAUCACUUAGUCGAAGCAGAGAUAUCAAUCAAGUUUUAAUUGACAAAAACAUAGCUGUAUCAACUAUAUAAUUACUUAUUCUUUUUUUUUAAAUUAUUUCUCUUUUUAACAAAAUAGACGUUAAUUUAAAUUUGUUUAAUUAUUAUUAUCAUUUUUUUUUUUUUUUUUUUUAUAGCACAUAAGUAUUAAAUAAUUUUAAAUAAUAAAAUUAUAAAUAAAUGUCAUUUAAAUGUCGCCUAAAUGACAAUGAUUUAUUUAUUAAUUUUAUUUUAUUUAAAAUAUUAAUAUAAAAUAAAUAAUUAUUAUUCGAUAAAUAAUUAUUUUUAUUUUAUAUUUAUAUAUUAAAAAUGUGCCAAGAUGCAAAUAAAAAAAAAAAAAAAAAAGAAACAAACAAAUAAUAAUAAACAGUUAAUUAAAGAAAAAAAUUUAUUUCGAUUUGUUGACAAAUCAUAAUAAUAAUUUAUAUUUUUUAUUAAAAGAAAAAAAAUAUUAAAAAUUGUAUUAGAUGUAGUCAAUUAAUGAAAGGAUCUAAAAGAUAAUAAAUUGAUUGAAAUAAAAAUUAAACAUUUAUAUUGUUUAAAUAUUUACUUUAAAAUAGAAAAAAUAUAAAAUAAAAUGUUGUUAGAGGGGGGAUAUGUGACGUCAAUAAAUGAAGAGUGGGCUGGCCGGUACCAUUCAAAGCUUUAAAGUGUCCAAGUCAGCCACUUGUUGAGUGUCGAUGGAAAGGUAAACCAAGGGGCAGUAAAUAACAUCCGAAUAUAUCCUACAAUAAUGAUUUAAUUAAUCAGGAAUAAUAAACAUUGGAAAUAAUUAUUGGAUAUAUAUAAUAUUUGCUUUUUAUUUUAAUUAAAAUAUUUUUAAUAAUUUACUAAUAAAUGUUGUUAGUUUAAUCGGGUUUCUAGAUAAGAUGCAACUAAUUUGGCUGAUUGGAUAUGAUGUCACAGUAUGGAUUAAUAUA